ACCUGCCUCACCUUGUAUAGCCUCACGAUGAGCAACCUCACGCUCGGUAACCUCACAGUGGGCCUGAAUGCCACUAGCCCUGGGUCGAGUUCCGGCCGGCCGCCCUGGUACCAGUAUAACGUGUGUGCUGUGGCGCCGUACGGCUUCAUCUUCUACUUUGGCGUGAAGGUGUUAAACUUGGCGGUGGGCUUCCCCACCAACAUGCUGGUGAUGUGGAUGGUGGCCACGCGCAAAACCGAGGGCUCCACCUCAGACAUCUUCAUCUUCAACCUGGCCGUGCUGGAUGCCUACUUCUGCCUGAUGGCGCCCAUCGACAUGGUCAACCGCCUGAUCCUGAACAACCAGAAUAUCUGGCACUUCCAGCUUUUCGCCUACGGAGUCAAGGACACGGCGCCUCUCUUCCUCACCUGCAUUUGCCUGGACCGCUACGUCGCCGUGGUGCACCCCAUCCUCUUCACGGGCAUCCGCGACAACCGCAUCCGGACGGCCGUGACGGUGCUGGUGUGGGGGCUCAUCCUGGCCUACGCGCUGACCAAGUCCCUCCUGGGCGUGCGCAGCACCACCGAGUACUUCAGCGGCCUCAUCCUCUUCUCCUUCGCCGUCAUGCUUUUCUGCAACGUGUCCAUCAUCUGGGUGCUGCGCAAGUCGGUGGCCGGCAAGGAGACCAUGAACCCGGUGAAGAAGAAAGCCUUCCGCAUGGUGAUGAUCGUCAUGGGGAUCAUCAUAGGCAACUACCUGCCGCCCGUGGCCACCAUGCCCUUCGUGGCCUACUACACGUUCGUGGCGUUCCGCUGCCAGAUCAGCAUCACGGUGUUCUCCAUCAUGGACCUCAGCUGCAGCAUCGAGCCGCUGCUCUACAUCAGCAAGAUGGAGAAGCCGAGCUGCUGCGGACGAUUCCAGAAUCCCCAGAAGAAGCCGACUGAAGUCCCUGCAUAG